UACUCCCAUCUCUCCUGCCCUUUCCCAUUGGCUGCUUCCCUCUCCCACACACACACGCGCGCGCACUGGUAGAGUUGAUGUUCUCGAGCGCAGGUCGAGAGAGGGACAGAUGGGAACCGCACACACACCGGAAAGAGGCACACGACGCUCCGUGCAGCACUGAUCACGACCGAGACAUCGAGAAGAGGAAAGAAGGUGUUACUGAAUGAGCAGGAUGGGACUGAGAAACCUGAGCAUCACCGAAGCUUCCUGAAGACGAGUUUCCAGCGCUUCUGAAAAGGACAGUUUUGAACGUCUCAUGAACUCGUGCUCGGAUCGAACGGGAAGUUUCUGAUGUUCCAGUUCUGUUCCUGUCUCAAGAAAAUUAUGAGGUGAACGACACAAGCAAAGAAAUUCAAGGGCAAAUGUGAGAGAUAAAAGUCAACCUGAAGAGAUGCAUUGCCCAGUCCUGGACUGUCAAGAUAUGCUACACCACAGAGGACUGUGCACACAAGCUUUGAAUUGGAAAGUAGGGCAUUAAAGUUGUUAGGAUAUCUUCUCACUGGUCAGCCUGAAAACUGUAUCCCAUUAACGUUUUAUUUGCCUUGAUAUUUUUAGGACUGUAAUGAUUACAACUACUGCAGACGUACACAGUAAGAGAAAUGUGUCUUGAGGUUUUGCUCUUGGCUAUGAAACCAUAAUGCAGACUUUUGGGACAUACUCACAAGCCUACCCUUCCAAUGUUUCAUGCUCUUCAGGACUUACACAAAGUAUCAGAGUAUUACACAAAGAGUAUCAACAAGGUGGCUUAUUGAGUGUUUAAAUGCCCGUGUGGACUAAUGGGGCUGAAGCUCAGGAUACACCCAGUCCCACUUUUGCAUAUAAAGACAUUUGCUUAUAGAGACUAUUUGUGCCAAAACCGGAACCUACUCUGACAGCAUUACCAGAAAGACUUACACAGAAACCCUCAGUCAUGUGACCUGAGGAAAGGACCAGUCACAUGCUCUGCUGCCAUCGGCUGGUCUGUUUUAUUUAUUUUAUGUUUUUUUGUUACUGCAGCAUUUACCAUGUUCAGAGUUUUCCAAAUGUCAAAUAUACUGUGUGCUGUAACUGAAUUUUGUAAAUCUAAUUAAUUGUUCAUUCACAUUUGACUUGUGAAAGCAGACAAAAAACCCACAGAGUCAAAUUUUACACCUAUGUAUUUACAUCUAUGGUCCAUACACUACUCUUGGAUAAUAUGGUGAGCAAAGAGCCCAACCAUUUGCCAACCGUUCACAGCCAUAGCAAUGGCAACCCAGACAAAACACCUACCACUGUGACUGUGCGCUCAGUGCUCCUCAACCGGAACUCUCCAGAUAUUGAAAGCAGACUUAAACGGAGAAGAAAUCGCACACAGCAAGUACGUUUUAAAGAUUUGGAGGAUGAUGAUGUGUCUAAUGAUAAAAAUGAGAAGAUGAGGAGUAAGAGCCCAACAGAGGUUCCAAACUGGCAGAAAGAGUUGACAAACGGGCCCUCAUUGGUGGGAGCAGUCCGCGGGGACAUGGAAAAGACAAUUGGAGCAGUGACAGCAUUUUUGAAGAGAGCACCACCGCACCCACUUACCCCUGGGCCUGCCAGACGGUGCUGGGUCCCAACACAUCCCUGUUCGCUCACAUUGCCACUGCCAAAUCAGCCAUGCAAAAGUACAGCCAUACAAACCUCACCCAGUUUGCAGAAGCCUCCCUCGCUCUCUGCCACACAGACUCGCAGUCACAGCCUGGGGGGAGCCUGGGAGGAUGGAGACUCCUCUGAUGAGCUGACUGCACAUGUCUACAUUCCACCUUGUAGAUCAAAGAAGAGCUCUGUCCAACAUUGUACCCCUGCUGAGCAAUCAAGGGUCAAGAGAACUGAGGACAAUCAAACUGCCUCUGUGGGUACAUCAACACAAAAACAGUCUAGAAGGAGGUGUAGGAGGAAAUCUUUAAACAGAGCAGCAAGUGAUCCUGGGAAACCUGAGCCUCAUUUUACUUCCCCAACUAAAACUGUGCACAGAAGCCACCAACAGUCUAAACAACCCAAGAAGCUUCCAUCCAAAGCUGUGGCGCACAGAACUUCACCAGAUAUUGUAUCCAUGCAGUGUUCCCCCACGCCCAACACAGUUCAUAAUAUGCCUUGUAGUGUCUCUUCCACACAGACUGAAGCAAGAAUUGAGUCAAAAAUCCAAAACUGUCCCAGACAACACAACAUCUUUGCAAAAACCUAA